GACAAGAGAACCUUCUAGUGAGAGAAAGAGGGGAUAGAGAGAGUGGGAGGAGCACUGGUAUAUAAUAAGUGCUCUUCCGACGUCGAAAGCACGAGAAUUUGUGAGUGUCCUUUUAGCUUUUUGAAUACUGUCAUAUGCUUCUACUUGAUUCUGCUAAUGUGGAUGAACAUACUGUAAAGGGUGGGAAGCAAGACUUGUGUCAUUCCAGCAACUGUCAAGGCAGGGCUCUAAAGUUGGAUCUUUGCUCAUACCUCCAGUACUUGCUAAACCUUUUCUGCUCUGUCAACUUUAUUGCUCCUAUCUUGAUGGCUUCUUUCCCUAACUCUCUUAUCAUGGAGGUCAAGAGGAGGAUCCAUCAAGUCAGGAGGAGGCAUUUUCUUCAUCCGACAGGAGGAGCCAUACACUCAAGAAAAGGCAUCUAAACCAAGUUUGAUUCUUAGGCUGGCAUUUUCUUAAGGAGUAUGUCAUAACUUAGCAAGGAGAUUUCUCUUUAGGAGAAGGAGAAAGUCAAAUAGGAGGAUUUUUCAAGUUGAGUGGAAGCAUCAAGAUCCUGAUCUACUAUGGUAAUCUACUGGUAGUUAGGGACUCUUAUGGAUAAACACUCAUAAAAUGAUGAAGGUAUCUUGCAAUAAAAUCAAUGUGCCCAUAUUGUCAACAGUCAAGUUUUCCAUCAGAGGACUAAACACAGUAAGUAGAUUGUCGUAGCUGUAAGGAGCCAGGUUGUGUGCACAUUAAUUGAUCAUUCCCCAAUCCCCCACUGAGUGUACUGGUCCACAUUUAGAGUGAGUUACAACUGGCAGCCUUGUAAAGCUGCCAUAAAAGACCCAAAUUGAUUUCAUAUGCAGCAAGAUCGGAAUGAUUGAUUUCAUAUGAUCUCCUUCGAUUAGGCAUGAUUUUAGGUUGAUUGAUUUAAUCUUAUCUUUUAUUUUCUGGCAUGUAGUCUAUAUGAAAUUUUCCCCAUAGACAUAGAACAUCAAUAACCCUUUUUAGCCUUAAAUUACGUUAACAUCCUAGGUUGGAAUAAAUUAAAGAAGCAUAGACAAUAAACUCAGAACUUUUUCUCAACUCUCCUCUUUUGUUCUUCAUAGCCUUCUCAUAUACAUGGUUCUCUUAUCGCUUAAUUAGCUUAACCAGGACGGUGUUGAUGCUAAGGCCACAUGACUCUUCCAGGUGCAAGUCCUUGACACCAGGACGAAAGGACUCUCCUUGGCUAUGGUUAAUAACUAAGUGAAAACAUGGGACUGACCUCUAAAGCUACAUAGACCGAUCAUGUAGUUUUAGCUGGUUUCAUAGUGACAAUGGUAUUGGUGUGCUAUAUCAUGUUGUUCCUUACUCAGGUUUGUUGUUCAACUGGCUUGCUUGGGUGUCUAGCUGUGAUAUGUUGGGCACUCUAGUUAUAAUGUUGAAGUUAAGGGUUAGUGAAACUCUAGCGGAAUUAUCUUCUGAAUGCUAAUGUUCAUGCUUCUUAUCAAAACUGGAGGGCACAUUUUGGAUGAAAUUAUCUUUUCAUUUUUAGUUCAAAGCAGAUAUGAAGUUACCGACAACAGUCUUAUUGGAGGUGAAAUCAAUUGUUUAAUUCUGGAUGAAGGCUGUACUCCAUUUAUUGACAUAUGGGUCUUAUGCCAUCCUGUUAAGGGGUUGCAUGCUUCAUUACUUGAGGACUUGAGGGCGUUAAUCACAGAAUUGAAAAUUAUCACUGUGCAUGAUAUCCCAGUAUUUGUUUCAGGGGUGCACGAGUUUUCACGUGGAAACCAGCAUGUGAUCUGCUGUUAGGGAAAUAUGGUAUAUGAAAUAUGCAGCAACUGAAAGUUAUGUAAUUAAAAAAUCUACAGAGGGUGACGUUUCCAUAAAUUACACCCUCGUAAAUGGCCCCAGGGGGAUUGCCUUACUUUGACCCUGAGUACGAGAGCUUAAGUAUCAGAAUAAAUCCUCCAAGGGUUUCUGUGGAUAAUACUAGUUGUGGAGACUGUACUUUAGUCAAGGUUGACAGUGUAAACAAACCAGGAAUACUUUUGGAGGUGGUGCAAAUUCUAGCAGAUCUCGAUCUCAUCAUUACUAAAGCAUACAUAUCCUCUGAUGGUGGAUGGUUCAUGGAUGUGUUUCAUGUCACAGACCAACAAGGAAAUAAAAUAACAGACAAUAUGACGAUUGACUACAUAGAAAAGGCUCUGGGUCCGAAAGGCCACACAGCAGAUGAAAGCAGGACAUGGCCCGCGAAAAGGGUUGGGGUCCACUCUAUGGGUGACUACACAGCCAUUGAGCUUGUUGGAAGGGACCGCCCAGGUCUAUUAUCAGAGAUCUCUGCUGUAAUUGCGAACCUCAAAUUUAAUGUUGCUGCUGCUGAAGUCUGGACACACAACAGGAAAAUAGCAUGUGUUGUUUAUUUAAAUGACGAUGCCACUUCUCGUGCCGUGGAUGAUCCGACUCGAUUGUCUGCUAUGGAAGAACAGCUCAAGAAUAUCCUUCGUGUGUGUGGAGAUGAUGAUAAAGUGGCUCAUACCAAAUUCUCAAUGGGUCUGACCCAUAUUGACCGCCGACUGCACCAGAUGUUAUUUGCUGAAAUGGAUUAUGCGGGGAAGGGGUUAACAGCUGAGGCUGAUUGUGCUGCUUUUCUGGAGCUCAAGAUUUCAAUUGAUCGGUGUGCAGAGAAAGGCUACUCGGUGGUCACUGUUAGGUGUAGGGAUCGCCCAAAACUUAUGUUUGAUAUUGUCUGCACCCUCACAGACAUGCAAUAUGUUGUUUUUCAUGCCACCAUAUCAUCUGAUACCCCCUAUGCAACACAGGAGUAUUAUAUUCGUCACGUGGAUGGUUCCCCUGUUAACACCGAAGGAGAGGAGGAGAGGGUCAUCAGGUGUAUUGAGGCUGCAAUUCUGCGAAGAGUAAGCGAGGGUUUGAGCCUUGAGCUAUGUGCGAAAGACCGUGUAGGAUUGCUUUCUGAAGUGACAAGAGUCCUGCGCGAAAAUGGGCUAUCGGUGUCAAGAGCAGGUGUAACAACCGUGGGUGAGCAAGCAGUGAAUAUUUUCUACGUAAGAGAUGCUUCUGGGAAUCCGGUAGACAUGAAAACUAUAGAAAGGCUGAGAAAGGAAAUAGGGGAGACAAUGAUGGUUAAUAUAAAGAAAUCCCCAUCAUCAAGUUCUAAGGUACCCGAAGCAAGAAAUAGAAUGAGCUUUUCGCUUGGCAGCUUAUUUGAACGCUUCUUGCCUUGACAUAUUUCUUCGGUGUUCUUGUAUAGAAUGAAUAAUCAAUGGCAUACGAUAUAUAUAUAUAUAUAUAUAUACAACUUACGAGCACGAGGACUGGUUAGUAUUUUCCCAUGUAAGUAUAUCGUCUUUGUUUUUUUCUUUCUUCUAAAUGUGUUACCUCAUCUUGUUGUUGGUAUUAAGUAAAUAAAAGUCUUGUUGGAAUGUUG